UGUCCUUGAACGCGCUGCAUGCACUUCAGGCGCCAAGUUCCAGCAACGCGUGUCCAUUUCCAUUACCAAUGGAUACAAUAGCGCAACUGUCAUUUUUAAAUAAUGCACUGGAGAACGCUGAGUUCAUGAACAGCAUGGUGCACUAUUUAUCCAACGUAAGCGGCCGGACAACCUCAGAAAGUGUGCGGAACGUCAUGCUUACUUGCAUGACUAACAACUUGGUCAGACAUGUGAACUGGCGUGGUGUGCAUGAGAAGUAUAAAAUAGCGAACACACCAUUCGCGAGAGCGGUCCUUGAUUCCAUUAUGAGAAAAAACAUACCAGGAUGCACAGAGCCUGAUAUUGUUGAUAAGUUACGACGCUGGAUACAACGAAUUAAAGAGCGUGAAUCGUGGAUACGAAAGGAAACAGAACGGUUAGCACUGGAAAAUUCCGCUUUGUAAAUUAUGAGAUCCAUAUUACACUAUGUUUUCGCGAACUGUGUUAUGUUCAUGGCAUGCAAUGUGUGCGACCGCAUUAACGUGCUUGCAGUGGUAUGGGAAGGGAGGAUAAUGCGGCUAGGCUUUACCCGUUACGGCUGGAAAUCGUGGAAAUGUGAGCGUGCGAAGGGAGGCGCCACGUUAUUUUUCUCCGCGAGCGCCCGAUGAGUGACACAAUUUUGUGCCACUCGGGCGCCCAUCGG